CAUUAAUUCUUUCUACCUCAAACCGUACGCACAUAAACUCCUUCCCAUUAGUUUUGCGGCUUCAGCCCCUUCCUUGCCUACGCUCCAAGCACCUGUUGCCGCCACCAACCCAUCGAGCCACCGACUGGCUCUGCCUCCGUUCGAUCGUCGGCCAUCCAAGCGUAUCCGGAAACUUGCCGGAAGCUUCACUCUCCAUCUCUCUCUAGGGUCCGUUCCAUCACAGCCGCGCGUCGCCAAUCUCCAUCCAGCCAUCGCCACCACUUCCAUUCGCCGGAUUCCGCGUUCGCCUGCCGUCAUCCACCGGUCGCUGCCUCUAUUGCUGAUUCUUUGGGUUUGGUAGAUUUGGAGUGUCUUAAGCUGUUUUCCAGGAAACUCAGAAGUUGUUUGAAAGGAAUUUUACCGCACAAGAAGAUCGUCGCUGUCAUCAGUCGAGUCCGCCACUCAUCGUCCAUCGAUCUCCAAGCACAGUCGUUCCGUCCACGUUCAACGUAGUCGAGCCAAAGCGUCUUCGUUUCGAUGGGGGCGUACAAGUACGUGUCAGAGCUAUGGAGGAAGAAGCAGUCCGAUGUGAUGAGGUUUCUACAGAGGGUGAGAUGCUGGGAAUAUCGCCAACAUCCAUCAAUUGUACGUGUCAAUCAUCCCACUCGCCCAGAUAAAGCUCGACGUCUUGGUUACAAGGCCAAGCAGGGUUAUGUGGUUUACAGGGUCCGAGUGCGACGUGGUGGUAGGAAGAGGCCUGUUCCGAAGGGUAUUGUGUAUGGAAAACCAACCAACCAGGGUGUUACCCAAUUGAAGUUCCAGCGCAGCAAGCGGUCAGUUGCAGAAGAACGGGCAGGGCGGAAGUUAGGGGGUUUGAGAGUUCUUAAUUCAUACUGGAUAAACGAGGAUUCUACCUACAAAUACUAUGAGGUGAUUUUGGUUGAUGUUGCCCAUAACGCGAUUCGCAAUGACCCGAGAAUCAAGUGGAUCUGCAAACCAGUCCACAAACACAGGGAGCUCAGAGGACUCACAUCAGCUGGCAAGAAGUACAGGGGUCUUCGAGGAAAAGGGCACUUGCAUCACAAAGCCAGGCCUUCCCGCCGAGCAACCUGGAAGAGGAACAACACUCUCUCCCUGCGUCGAUAUCGUUAAUUUUGGUAUUAUUUUUCUCUGUUUUGGUAUUUUUACUAUAAGCAUUCUGUUCGUUCGUUGGGGAAUGUAGUGGAAGUUACUUCAAUCUAAAAAGUUCUGAACUUCAUAAAUUACAUUGAUAAUUGUGAGGAUGUUUCCAAACUAAACUACUUAGCAACUUUUGUGUUUAAUGAAAUCAAUGUGUUUUUCUUCUCUCGAUACAA